CCUGCCGCGCUGCCGCGUCAGUGAGUCGGCCGUGGCUUUCGGCGAGCUGGUGGCGGCAGCAGUAGCCGAAGCGGCUGCCGGGCCGGAGCUGCUGAAGGCACGGCUCCACCACGCGGCGCGGUGCAUGCUGGAGCUCUACUGCGCCCUGCUGCCUACCGCUCACCGGCGCGCGCUGCACGAGCUGCCCGAGCAAGCGGCCAUCGCGCACAACAACUGCCAGUACCUGGCGCACCGCGUCACCGCCCUGGCCGCCCGACACAGUGGUGCUGGGGACGCGUUCCUGGACCUAGUGCCUGAGCUGCGGCAAGUGGGGUCGGACAUCUUCUUGGCCACCCUGACGCGCAUGAAGAACCAGCUGCUGGAGAUACUGUCAGAGGCCGGGCUCGACCAGCUGGACACGCAGGAGGACGUGGCCGGGCCGGCCGGCGCCGCGCUGCGCCAGUGCCUGCACCAGCUGGCCCAGCAGGACAUCUCGGCCAGCGCCGCCGGUCAGCUCUGCCAGGCCGCCCGCCUGCUGGUGCAGCAGGCGCCCGGCUUGUUCGCGUCGGGGGAGGACUACGGGGAGGACAAGCCUCGAGAUCGGCAAACGGAGGCGGAGGCGCGCGCACUGCUGGCUCGCCACACGGCCGGCUGGGCCCGCUUCCUCGAGCUGCUGGUGGUGCUGGAGGAGAACCUGCGCGGCAUCCUGGACCGCUGGUCGGACGGCAAGGGCCCGCUGGCGCAGCACUUCUCGGCCGACGAGGCGCGCCACCUGGUGCGCGCCCUCUUCCAGAACAGCGAGCGGCGCGCCGCCGCACUGGCCCGCAUCAAGUGAGGCCGCCCGACUGUCGACGGGCCGCCGAGCUGACGACACUGGUCGGACGCAGUGGUCCGGUGCCGUGGCGACCGGGGCGCGUGUCGGGACCGGCGCCGAGACGGAGCCGUCGCGCUGUGGACGACGGCGCUGGCUGACGCGGAGUCCUUGUCGUGCGGCCCAGUUGGCGCGUUAUGUGACUGGACAGAAGGCGGAACCAACGACCAGUGAUUCCGCGGUCCUAGUCGUGCGGCCCAGCCGGUGCGUCAUGUGAUUGGACGGGAAUCAGAGCCAGUGGGCCUGUCGUGCGUUGUCCUAGUCGUGCGUCACAGCGGAUGCGUCCUGUGAUUGGACGGGAGGCGGAGCCAACAGACCAGUGAUUGCGGUUGGUAAGAGGCCUUGUUAAGGUGCAACGCGAAUUUGUGAGUGGGUAGAAUUGAUGCUCUGAGUCCUUGCACAUGCGGUGAUUCACUGAAUCGCUGUAAGUGAACAGCCCCGUUGCAUGUGCGCUAUAAUAUGAUGUGUAUCGAGAGUGCGUGUCAUCCACCCUGGCGAUCACAUCUAUGCCGCGGUGACUGAUCAGGUCGAGGGCGGUUGGGGUUGUGGGUUGGGAGUGGGAGCAGGACAUGUGCGGUGUGGUUGCUUCCGGGCGUAAGUAUUUCAAUGGUUCACGUUGCGGACUUCUCUCUGAAAGGUCCAGUUGGGGGCUUCUCUCCGGUAACAACUACAGUCGCACGGCGCGCAGCUCCACUGCCUUCGGCUGACCGACCAGCGGGAGUUACUGAAACAUUAUGCUUGGUGUUUACACAUGUCGAUAUCCUGUGGGCUGGAUGGUGACGCAGUGUAUGAUCCUGGUAUGCAAAAGCGCUCGGUGUGUAGUGCUGAGUGGUGUGUGAUGUGUACUUCUCGAGCUUGAGGCAACAAUUGUCAGUGCUUACCUAUGCCAUUAUGCUAUGCACACAGUGCCUAUGGUGUCAUGCUGGUGCACUCUCUGAAGCGCUUUGUGCUGACUGGUUCUCCGGCCACGCCAGGCUCAUUGCGUCUUACGUGAUUGAGACGAGGUCUCAGAGGUUAAAGCAUCUCUAAGGGAGACGGCAUCAGGGAGGUGACAAGUGUGCGAGUUUCUGUAAUUCUCCUGCCGUGCUCUUUUUCAGGCGCCGGGUAGCGCGACGUCAUUUUACAACCUGCCACGAUAGUUGUAUUAAUUGGUUGUGUUGUACUUUUUGUCGAUGUCUGCAGUUGAAAUCCUUUAAGUGUGGGGCGGUGGGCGGUCGUCUAUUUUUGUUUG